AUGCCAUUGAUUCGACUUUGUAGUCGAACAUGGGUUGUUCUACCUCAUCAUAAUGCCUCGGUCACGGUUGCUCUCGCUACGUUGCAGAGGACGGCUGCCAGUCGUCGCUGUUCAUGGCAAUGGAGCGUAACGCAGAAAAUCCCAUUCUCGACUGGGCGCGCUGCUCUGGGAGAUCAGCAACGCCCACUAAGGACCACCGACCCUGAUAUCGACAUCAACAGCCUGCGGAACACACUGCAAGCCGUGCGAGAAGCCAACCGUGCUUCCUUAGCAGUACGAAAAGGCAGCCAAACUGGCCGCGCUGCCAAAGUCCGCCGGCGCCCGCGGUCGCGCUUUGCCCAAGCAGAAACCUCUGCGGAUUCCCAACCACAACUGAGACGGAGUUUUGACCAUUCUUCCCAGUAUGUGAAUGAAGAGAAGAGAAAGCGCACAGUGAAGAAGGUGGAAGUCCUGGCCACUACUUCGGAUCAUUCGAUCACCGGCACAACCGAAUUAGACGAAGACGUCGGUACAAUCCGCGAGCUGACCAGCUUUUGGCGGCCCGCCGAUGAGGAUCGAACCUUGCCUGCGCGGUUGCGUCUUCCUUGGCUUGUCAACCUACCUGAAUCGACUGGGUGGACAUCGGCCAUCGAUCGGUUGUCUGCUGAGAUUCGCGCCUUUGAACAGUAUGUUACACCGUCAGAAGAGGAACAGCUGGUGGUGGAGACGGCCCUGCAAGAUCUUACUCAAGCCAUCAAAUACACCGACCACGAUCUGGAUGUCGAUGUCAUUGGCUCUCGUGCCACUGGUAUUGCGGAUCCCCUCUCUGAUCUGGAUAUCAACGUAUGGAAACCGCGGACUCCUGCCACUAUGAGCAAACCGAAGACUCCCGUCCAGAUACUGGCCUUGCUGGAAAAGGCGUUUCGUGGCACACAUGAGAAGAUCAAACUGGGCUUUCGCCCUGUUGAGGUCAUCUACAACCUUAGAACGGCUAGAGUACCGAUCUUGCUAUGUAGGCACAAGUUCUCUGGCCUGUCUAUUCAGAUCCAGUGCACUCCGCCCACAUAUGACAGCACCGAAUAUGUCAAGGCAUUUCUGAGAGAAUAUCCAACUCUGAAGAGCCUGUUCAAAGUUUUGAAGCAGCUUCUCUUGAUGCGGGGACUUACUGUUGGCAGCCAUGGGGGAUUGACCUCUUAUCCCCUCCUCAACAUGAUCGUGGCUGCGCUGAAAUUUUCCGAAGGUCAAAUUCACCCCUCGGAUGCUGGAAAGCAGCUCCUAUUCUUCCUCGACAUGUACUCGGAGAUGGACUUUUCUUCCCAAGGCAUUUCCACUCGUCCCUUGCAGUUCUUCCCGAAACGCACCUCCGGGAGGCACGGGAGGCACAAAGCGACCGUCUCUUCUGGGCAAACUCCGUCUCUGAGUGAGCUGUUUCCGCAGGAGCUUGCCGGCCAGCGCAAGAUGACCCUUCACCGGGGCAAAGCAGCUUAUCUGAUGACCCUUCAAGAUCCCGCAAACCCGUUCAACGAUGUUGGUCGUUCUGCCUACAUGAUCAAGGACGUGCAGGCCACGCUCAUCAGCGUCCGUAGCAACUUGAAUCAGGCCAUAAAAGAGUGGGAUCAAUCCAGCCCGGAUUUCAAAACUCAACAGGGUUCCCCGCGGCCUCAGGCACUUCUGGAAUCGUGCCUUGGGGCUGACUAUCGCAUAUAUGAACAGGAGCGAGGUGAUAUGAAAGCCCUAGGACGCCAACUCCUUAUCUCUACAAAGGUUCAGCGAUGA